CAUAUACAUCACACCACAUCACAUCAUCAAAAUGAGUAACGGAACAACAAGAAUAUUAUCAGAAGAGCAAAUAGAUGAGAUACUGUAUUGCAGUAGAGCAGGCGAAGUAGAAGAUCUAAAGACAUCCUUCGAUAGCUGUCUAAAAGAGAACCACAACUUUGACGAAAUACUCAAAUCGAUUCAAGAUUCAAACGAAUCACAAAAUUCACCUUUGCAUUAUGCGGCGGCGAAUGGACAUCAUGGAAUCGUGAGCUACAUUCUAGAAAAAGCUUCUUUGGCAAGUAUAUUAGCACAAAACGAUGCAGGAAAUACACCUUUACAUUGGGCAGCAUUCAAUGGACAUUUGGAAAUUGUGAAAGAUUUGAUCGAUCGAAUCGAAUCACUUGCUCCAAAGUCUACCUCGGAAGCAAGUACGAAUGGUGCAAAGCUGACAGAGGAAGAGCGUGAUGCAAUCGCAGAAAAGGAAGCAAGACAGAGAAGUAUAUGGGAUGUGGUAAAUAAUGCAGGAAGAGGUCCUAUGAGUGAAGCACAAAUGAACAACAAAGAAGCAAUUGUAGACUUUAUGCUUCAGCGAAUGGUUACCGCUCCAACAGGUGCACCUAGUGAUGAAACCGUCCCAGAGCAAGACACCAAUAAACCCGCUGAAGCUGCAGUCCAGUCAGAAGAGGAUGGCAUCACACGAAAAACACAAGAUCUGAAUCUGCAAAAGGAGAACGCUGCUUAAGUGAUCCGACAC